AGUGUUGAUUCAGACGCGUCAGGAGGAGGAAGUAUCACGUCGCUCUCUCAUGUGCUAUUUUGCCCCAAAUGCAGUGAUAUGUUUGGUGACUCGUGAAUGUUUAUAGUCUAUUCAUAAAUUUGUUUGGUGUAAUUCACCGUGGACUUGAUCAAUCAAAGGACUGGCUGUGUUAUUCAAGUUAACUACCAUUUUUACAAGGUGGCGUGUGAUGCGUGACACUUCUCUUUUUCCUCCCUCGUGAGCUUGGCCGGCGUUCCUCGCUUUGUCUUUUCUAGGGCUGCAUUCUGAAACACCCCUGGCCACACCUCCACCACACUCAGAAGGCUCCAGGCGGUCAAGGCGGGCGGGCACACCAGGCCAGUGACAACACAAGACAUGAGGUAACAAGGUAAUGCCGCGCCGCCAUGUCUCCCCACCCCUCCUGUCCCUGGAGAGUGAGUGCUGAGACAGAUGACUUAACCCCUUAGACCUCCAGUACCAUGCUCUGAGUUACUAAUCAUGGCAAAAAAGGGGUGAGAAAUGAGUUUACUUGAGUCAACCAAAAAACGCGUCUAUUUUCUGUGAACGCGCACGUGAAAGAAAACGUGCGUCUUUGAAUCGUGAACCAUUGUAAACCUUUUUAGAAGUUGAGGAAAAGAGUGAAAUUUGGCAAGAUGCUACAGCAGAUACUGAACGACAUGUACAUUGAGCCGGAGUUGCUCGCCGAACUGGACGAGGAGCAGAAGCAAAUCCUCUUCUGCAAGAUGCGCGAGGAGCAGGUUCGGAGGUGGCGGGAGAGGGAGAAGCUGCAAGAAGAGGAAGAGGAGGAGGAGAACAGGAAGAACAACAAGAAGAAGGAUGGCGGCAAGAAGGUGACGUUCCUGAUGGGCAUGGACGGGGAGCCCAUGGUGGUGGUGCUGGGCGGGGAGGAAGGCACCAACAGGGAGGACGUGGAUUCAAUACUGGAGGAGAGGGCUAAGAGGCAGGCAGACCUCGAGGCUGACAUGCUCAAGCGCGCGGCCGAGGAGGAGCUGGACAAGCUGGUGAGGCUGAGCAGGUCCACCGUGGAGGCCAUGGAGGAGGAGGCCACCAGGACUGUCCAGACCAAGGUGCGUGACCCGGCGAGGGAGGCGGUGGUGAGGUCACUUCAAGAGGCCACAGUGGAGAUGGAAGGACAGAUACAGGCCCUGGAGGAGGCAGAGGCACAACAGCGGAAGCUCUCCUCCUCCUCCACUUCCUCUUCAUCCAGUGGUGCCUCCUCCCCUUCAUCACCAUCUCCAUCCUCCUCCUCUGUUUCCUCCUCCUCCUCCUCUUCCUCCUCUUCAUCGGGAAUUGGCAGCAUUGGAAGUCCUCGUUUGGCUUUGUCCUCCUCUCCUUCCACAUCCUCCCUAUCCUCCUUGUCCUCCUUCGCCUCCUCACAGCCGCCCUCUCCACCAGCCUUCACUAUAUCCACCUACGGCACCACCUCAAGGCAUCUGGUUAGUGGUGCCCCUGUGGGAAUGUCCAUGUGGGAGGCUGUCAACAGAUCCUCACAGUUCUCUGACACCACUGCAGCUUCCAACACACCCUCCUCCACUCCUGCCUCUAACUCAUCUCAUCUCAGCACCACAGUCAAGCCUCCUAUCCUCUCCCCCAAACCCUCAGUCACCACACACACUAAUGGUACACAGCCUGCCAACCCACCACAUACUCUCAGAACAUCCCAGCCCUUCCCAUCGCCACCGUCUUCCCUCUCUUCUACCACCUCCAGCCUCUCCUCGUCCUCCUCCUCCGCCACCUCUCCAUCCUCUCCCUCCUCUCCCCCACCAGUGCCAGCAGGAGAGGCAGUGGAGAGGGUGCAGGAAGAGGUGGCUUCACCAGCUUCAUCUGUGGUUGGUGUGGCCGCUCAAAUCCGGCGGUUUGAGCAGCUGUCUGAGGGGUCGCUGGAGGCCCUCAAGACAGCCACACUGGAGCGAGCCAAGAAGAGGAGGGAGCGGGAGAUCCUGGAGCAUCUGAGGAGCCAGGUUGAGGCGGCCAGGCAGCAGGCAGCGUCCACAGACCCAGAGACAGCCAGCAGACAGCAGCAGGCAGCAGAGAAGGAUGACAUUGCCUGGCAGGAACAAGAACGUAAGGCAAAGGAGGCAGAGCGAAGGAUAAGGGAGAUAGCCAGACGAGCAAGGGAGGAGCAUCGACGGGCAUCCCACAAUACUCCACCUUCCUCUCCACCCAUCACCGCCCUCAAUUAUAACCUCAACGGCUUCACCCGCCUCACCAAUGGCAUCAACGGCACCACACUCGCUGGCACUCACCCGGCCGGCGACAUCAAUGGCAAUGUCAACAGUGUGGCUGAUGACAUCAGCAACAACAACGACAGUAUCAGUUUGAAGAAGUACAGUAGUAGUAGCAGCAGCAGCAGCCUGGGCAGCCCUGGCGUGGAGGGCCUGUGUGUGCGGCAGAGACUCAGGCCACCAAAGCCCCCAUGUCGUGCCGCCAUCAUUGCCUGGUUCAGGGACGAGGAGCUGUCCAGAGGUGCCGGCCUGGACCCUAUGUGCUCCCGCAUCGCCCCUUGGUUCCAUGGUAUUAUCAGUCGAACGGAGGCGGAGGAUGUGCUGUCGGAGACUGGCAUUGGCUGCUUCCUGGUGCGGGUGAGUGAGCGCAUCUGGGGCUACGCUAUCUCCUACCGUGCCCCUGACCGCUGCCGUCAUUACCUCAUUGAUGUUACUGGUGGCAAGUACACCUUCUUUGGCUCCCACCAGGCGUCACACAACACGCUGGGUGACCUAAUUGAGCACCACAAGAGGGAGCCCAUCACCGUCAGUGGAGGAGAGCUGCUCACCCGCCCCUGUGGACAGCUGCAUCCAAGGAACCCAGACUACCGGGAGCUGUUUGCUGGCACCCCAUACAUGCCAGCCUAGUGCUGCCUCAAGCCUGCUUUUAGGGGGGAAGUGACAGCAGCCGUGUGGUGAUGUGUUAGCAGUGGAGGCAGGACAGGGUUAGGAUGUGUUUUUCAUAUUUUUGCUCACUGUUUUCCAUUUUAUGUUGGAGGAGGUAUGAGGGAGCUGGAGUUUCUGAUACUUCUCUCUCUCUCUCUCUCUCUCUCUCUCUCUCUCUCUCUCUCUCUCUCUCUCUCUCUCUCUCUCUCUCUCUCUCUCUCUCUCUCUCUCUCUCUCUCUCUCUCUCUCUCUCUCUCUCUCUCUCUCUCUCUCUCUCUCUCUCUCUCUCUCUCUCUCUCUCUCUCUCUCUCUCUUGUCAUUGCAUCUUGUAUUGUACAUUAAUGUCAUCUCCAUUAUCAGUUCUUUAUGUAUAGUACCACCAUUACAUUUGUAAACAAAAACAUGCAAACAUAUUUUUUUUCUAAUGAAGGAGUCAAUCAACUCUGUAAUAGUUAGCAGUAUUCACUUCAUUUAUCAGUUUUUUGUAAAGUUGUUGUAUAUUUUAUUUAAGCAGUGAUCAUAGUGACCUGCUGGUGUGGCAGGACACUCCUGCUCACAGCUAACAGAACGGACUCACAUUUUAGGAUGGCCAGAGACAGCUUGGAUAUGUCUCCAUGCUGUAGUCUUAGUUCACCCAGCAGAGAAUAAGCAGUGUGUGUGUGUGUGUGUGUGUGCGCGUGGUUAUGCAAGAGUGGGAAAGCAUCUGUCUCACUCCUCCAUAUGUGCGUUUGUGUUUGUGUCUGUAUUUUUGCUACAGGAAAUUGGAAGUAGUGUAUACGUACCUUCUCCUGAAAGAUAAACAGGUAAAGAUAUGCAGUACAUUAUGUGAAAAAGCAACUAAUUAUUACUUACUAAUAACUUUUACUCAGUCACUUGCUCAGGUUUUCAUUUCAUGAUUUCUCUCAUCUCAUUCAUUUCUUCCUGUGUUUUGGAAUGUAUCUGUUGUGAUGGAUAAAGCGACUCUGCCACAGACAUAAAGCUGAGGCCUCACCCACCUCACACUGAAGGCUGGUGAGGUGACUAUUGUUUGUUGCACCAUUGUUUGUCUCAAAGCUUUUCAAUAUAAAUUUUCUAACUAUUAAUUAAACAUUCCUCAUUGUACACAUAGAAUAUAAGAUUGUACACAUAAAAUAUAAGAAAUUUAAUAUCUUUUUGUAGUUUAUUAAGUUCAAAUAGUGUAUAUAGGUUAUUAGUUGUAAAAUAUAUAGUUUUUUGUAUCCUAAGUAAUACUGUACAGUACAUAGUACAUAUAACAAAUGUGUGCAUUCCUUAGAUUUAUUCAGUAUGUGAGACAAAAUAUGCUACAGAAUAUAUAUAUAUAUAUAUAUAUAUAUAUAUAUAUAUAUAUAUAUAUAUAUAUAUAUAUAUAUAUAUAUAUAUAUAUAUAUAUAUAUAUAUAUACAGAACUGAACCACUGCAUUAGUUUAUCAGAGUAAAAAUUCUAUAAAAAAGAAAGUACCUACAUGUAUUAAAGCUGUAAAUAUUAAAGAAAGUAGUAGUUAUAUUAAAAACCUACAGCUAUCAUGUUACUGUAUCAUGUUUGUUGGCACAAUGUGGCAGAGGAUGGUGGAUUAAAAGGAUUAGAUAAUCCUCAAAUUAAGUCAUCACAAGGGAGCCCCCCUCCAAUGAAGUAAUUUGUCCUGCUGCUAGGCAACAAAGGCCAUAUAGCUGCUAGAUGUCAUUAGUGGGGUUCGAAUCGAUGCCCCGCAAUCUACCACCAUCGUGGCAGAAUGCAGCGCCUUAAUCCAUGUGACCACUAAGGACACAGAGGAUGGUGGAGCGCUGGGAGGUGGAUAGUGGUGGCAGUGAAUGCAGUUUCAUUGUUUUGCUGAGUCUUUAUUUGCAUGGAUGUCCCAUUACAAUGCUUUUUGAAAGACUGACACAUUGUAAAGCACAUGAGCUACAUGUUAUUGAUGGAAUACUCACUGUUCUUGGUGUUUUAUAGAUGCAUAGCUGAGGAAUUCAGAAAAAUCUGGCAAUGGCAGAUUGAGGAAUUUUUAUUGAACGUUCAAACUGCAUUGCACUUCUCAAACUAUCCCCUGAAUAAGAAUUCUUUUGGCAGAUUGUCACUAUUUCAGAAAUUAUAUAGUAGCCAUUGUCUUUUCAUUUCUCUGCCUGCAUGUUAAACAAUGCUGAGCAAAGCAGAUAUUUCCAUGAAGAUAUCUUUAGCAAUGAUGCAUAUUGUUGUCACUAGGAGCAUCAGUGUGAGUGUUGUUCAUGUGUGUAGCAUUCCUUAUCUUGUUGUGUUGUGUUGUUGGUGUACUAAUGCCAUUACUGAGAGUAUGUCUAGUCUUUAACUGAUGAUAAUCUGCAUUUUAUGCUGCUCAUUGAAAUGAGUGAAUUGUAAGAUUGAAGGAACUUGUGCUAAAGUUUUUUUGUGCCACAUGCACAAUUUAAGGUUUUGUGCAUAUUGAUACAAUUACAUAUUCAGAGAUUCAAAGGCAUUCUAUUGCUUGACUGUCUGUUUCCAUUCUACUUCUCAAGAAAUUUAACAUUUCUUACUUAGGUAUACAGAUUACUUAGGUACAUACAUGCAGAGAUACAGCAGUGUCAGUCAUAUUUUAACUGCAUAUUGUUCAUCAAGAGAUCACAGUCCCUGCUCUAGGAAACCUAUUAGUUGGAGAAUUAAGACAGCACUUCUUGAUACUAUAUAUACUUCACAGUAAAUAUCCUAAAGAUAGUUAAAGAAUCUUUACUGCAUCCUUGAAGGGUCAUCAUAUGUUCACUGGUGGGGUCUUAAAGAAAUCUUAAAGUUGAGAGUUUGUAGAGAUAGGAAAUCUUCCACUAGUGAAUAUACAAUGUGUAACUAGAGUAUUUUGUGUUUGUUUUUUUGUCAUACAGUUCUUGGCAUCAUUGCUGCAGUUGUCACUAUUUGGCAUUAACCAUGAGAAUCACAUGUUUGGGACCAUGGAGAGUAGCAUAUUAUGGUUAGGGACCAAGAAGAGAACAGGCUGAGAACCACUGGUUUAUAUAGCAACCCUAUUCAGUUGUAGUAGAUGAGUGGCAGGCAGUAUCAUUGAGUUGUAGCCGAACAGUGCAAGUCACAGCAUUGAUGAAGAAGUCAUGUCAGCCUACAGAAGUGUACUGAAGGAAUAAAUUCAAUAAGUUUUG